AAAAAAUUUCAAUACCUUCACUCUAUCUUUCUCUCUCUCUCUCUCUCUCUCAUUCCCAAAAAAAAAGACAUGGAAACUUCACAAAACACCAAUCUCCAAAACCCUAAACCCACAACGCCGUUUCAUUAUCGCCUAGAAGAAGAACUCUCUCUCCGAGAUCUUCCUCUCAACGCCGAAAAAAACAAUUCCACCGCCGCCACAACCACCACUGAAGACCAACGUAAACGAUCCAUUGAGCUUUUUGAGUUCCUGACCUCAACCUCCGACGACUGUUCUCCAGCAGAAAACAUAAUCUUCCGCGGCAAAAUCAUCCCCUUAAACUACCAAAAUGCCAUCCUUUCCUCUCCCGAAUACAUCCGCCCUCGAAUAAGCACUAGAUCCGAGUCCUUAUCCGCUAUACAAGGCAACAAGAUCAACCGUCCCGUGGCACGUGACAAUGCAAGACCCAUGAGGAUAAGCCGUUCUUUAGAUCACCGCAACCUCACACGUGGACCAACCACCUCGACCGCACGUGGAAAUGCUUCUCCGACAAAAAUUGCGGCAAAGCCCGAAACGGUCUCGUCUGGAAACAGAAAAAGUGUGAAACCGAGAUGGUACGUGAUCAUGUUUGGAAUGGUUAAGUUCACACCGGAGACUGAGCUGAGGAAUAUAAAGAACCGUCAGGUUCGCCGGAAUGUUAUGUUUCCGUCUCCUGCUGACCGGAGAUCUUGUAGAACUCGAGCGCCGUCACCGUCUCCUUCUUGGAGGUUUCUUAACGCCUUGAGUUGCAAGGAGCCUACAAGCGUUGCUGCAACGACACCGCUUUGGUUUCCACAUACGUAAAGUAUUAUAUUACCCCUAAGAACAAUGCAUUAUGUGUGGCUACGUACUUGCUUUGCCGUCGAAUGAGAAGGAGAUAAUCGUCUUUUACUUUAAGAUAAUUUAUUUUGUUAAAGAAUGUCGAUAUUGUAAUUUAUCUGUUGAAACAAAUAUCGGUAAUAGUUUGGACCGUAUCAUACUUUUUUUUCUC